GGCAAAAAGUAAGUACUUUUGCAAUAAAAAUAUUUACUGCGUAUGCAUAUUAAGUAUAAUACAUAACAGCUCUAAAUUACAUUAAUUACGACAUAUAUUUUUAUUUCAUCACUCAUAAAAUAAUCAAUUUUAUAUAAAAAACAAGGUAUCAUUGUAUAAAAUUUUCAUGACUUCUUUCGUCAAUUUUUUGAAACCAGUUUAAAAAACUGAGUUAGUUGGUGGCGCCACCACGAGCAGGUGCUGCAACUACAAAUGAUUCUUUCAAUUUUUGUUUUUCACUGAUCAUUAAUCUUAUUAUUACCUUACUACGACGUAAAGCAGCUUACUUUAAAAAUGUCAUCAAUAGCAUGGCUUCAUUGUAAUAAAUGCGCCGUCUUCAAGAAGCAAACUUUUAAUUUAACUGAAUGUGGUCAUCUCUUGUGUAUGGCAUGUAACCAACGCGCAAUCAACCAGGGAACAUGCCCGAUUUGUCACAAACGAAUUGCAAACGUGAUGCCACUAGAUAACAACACGCCGCCGGGAAUCACUCGUCUUUUUUCCGAUGAAAAUUUGUGUUUUCCUCAGAUUCUAAAAUUUCAAAAUAAGCAGUAUGAUCAUAUUCUUGAACAUCUUAAGAAAAGAGUUACUAGCGCUGAGAAUGAACUUGAGCAGUUAAAGAAAGAAACUGCUGGUCAAUACCAGCGAUUGGCAAGUUUAGACCAACAAAUGAAAACUUUAAAUAUUGAGGAUGAUUGUAUGAGCGCACGCCUCGGCAUGCCAUCAGGAUCACGGAUGCAUAUGAGUAUCGACAGAAAUGGUUUAAAUGCUAUCAGACGAGAACCACCAAGAUUCCAACUUCACCAUAAUAAUCCAUUAGAUCUUCAGCACCAUGAACUUUAUGGCAGAAGAGUUAAUCCACUAAAGCCAACUACGGCUUUUGCGCUGCUAAGUGACGAUCAAGACAGUUCAGCUAGCAAUCGACCCGGAUCUUCAACUGGUGCAGUUCCGAAGAAAAUUAGCAAAAAGAAGCGUUAUUAAAUAAUAAUUUAAAUUUAAGUUUUUUAAAAGAAUUGCUUUUGUUUUAGAGUUUUUG